UUUUAAAAAAAAAAUAUGCUCUUCUGAGAAGAAAAAGAAAACUAAAACCCCCAAUUAGGGAGGGGAUUGAAAAUUGUAGCUUCUGUUUUUGGAAGCAAUAGCCGUUAACAAGAGGCAGUGAAGCAGUACAUAGUGAGUGCUAUCAAUGGAAGCAUUCGGCGGCGGCGGAAAUGGCGGGUUUUGGGGUUGGAACUGGGAACUCAAUAAUCAUCUGAACAAGAAGAAAAAGAAACCAUAUAACAAUUCCAAAAGUAACGCAUCCGAAUCCGCGAGUGGCGGCGGUGGUUUCCGUUUUCCUUUGAAGCAAGCAGCUACUGCUGGCUCACUCGCUCUCACCGGAGACACAAUCGCCCAAGCUACAGAGCGUUGGAGAAAUAGCAAAACGCCCGCCGAUUCUAUCCCUCCUUCUCACGAUUCCGGCGAAAACGAUGAUUACACUCAUCUCAUGCGGACCAUCCUUUUGGACCAUGAUUGGCUCCGUGCCUUGCGAAUGACUUCUUAUGGGUUUCUACUAUAUGGCCCUGGUUCUUACGCAUGGUAUCAGCAUCUUGAUCGUUGUUUGCCUCGGCAGUCAGUGAAGAAUGUAAUGCUGAAGGUAUUGUUGAACCAAAUAGUACUUGGUCCAUGUGUGAUUGCUGUUAUCUUUGCAUGGAAUAAUUUAUGGCAAGGCAAACUUUCAAUGCUUCCUGCAAAGUACAAAAAAGACGCCCUUCCCACACUUUUUUAUGGUUUUAGGUUUUGGAUCCCAGUCAGCGUUUUGAAUUUCUGGGUGGUUCCGCUCCAAGCUCGUGUAGCUUUUAUGUCGAUGGGGUCGAUAUUUUGGAAUUUCUGCUUAUCAUCAACAAUGAACAAGUAGAUUCAUUUUCUCUGGGAUUUAUUGAUUUGGUAUUUUUCAUUGUUGAAUAUUCAACAAGUCUUAUAUCCAUUUCAUUUACUUGGCUCUGAAAUUGAUCAAUUGUGAUGAACUCUCGAUUGUUUUAUUAUUUUAAAUCUUGAUCGGAGCUGAGGCGAAUCUUUCUGUAGGAAAUAUACUUUUUUGUUUCCAACUGGUUGAGGGCUAUGCCAUACCUGGUUAUAAUCCCGGUUUGGAUGGGUUCAAACUGAGUUGACACUAUAUCUAUGAGCUCAAGCUCGGUUUAGAUCUAA